AUGCGAAACGAAGAUGGGCGAACGGGAGUCCGCCAAGGUGGCCCACCACCCUUCUUACCGAUUGGGAGUGCUGGUGCAGCAGAACUAAUUCUCCGCGAGUCUCAUUUUCUCGCUAGCCUUAGUGCUUCCUCUCAUCGCGGGAAACAAGGAGUUGCGGACAGGGGUAUUACAACUGCUGGUGCGAACCCAAAGAUCGCUGCAGAUUAUUAA